AUGGAUGAAAAACCCCGGCGCACGACCGACGUGUCUGCGACUAAGUCAAAGCAAAUUAUCGCUUGUGUGACAUCCGGUGCACUCAGUCCACCAGUUGUGUGCAAUCCUCAGAAGUGUGUACAUUUAUACGACAGUAAUAAGUGGCUAGCUCCUCAGUCUGGCCAGCCGAGGACAACGGAACUUCUGAAAGAUUCAGAUGCUGUGAAAUGUGUCCGAAACGAUGCGGAUAAACUAACUGAAGGUCCUUUGGCCACACUUGAUCUUGUGUUCGAUUCUAGCGAUAACACUCCGGAAGCAUAUUUGAACAUCUAA